GACCCCGUCCUGCGCGUCGCCCUUGGUGCAGCGCGGGGAAGGAGCCACGCUGUAGUGUUUGAUUUAUCAUUCGUGGAAGGGACCGUCGCCUUCCCUUUUCUGUUAACCAGUUCCCAUCCCGCCGCAACCCUGGGGUUCUUUUCCUCGAUUUUGCAAACUGCCAACAAAGAAGUGCAGAGAGUCCAGUCGGCAGCCCCUGACGGCCUUGCAGGGCGAGCUGAGAGCGCUUCCUUGGAGGCGCUGUUCCACCAAGCUAGCCUCAGAGCCUUCUGGCCAAAAUGAAGGGUGUCACUCCAUGUGCAGCAAGUCUCUUUUUUCUCCCUUUCUAGGGUGAAAAGGUUUCAAAAAUCGAUAUUAAAUUAUUAAAAUCGGCUGAUUGGGAAUUACAACCAUAGAAGAAAAUAAUGCAAAAGGGAAAUAGAACCAGUAUCUUUGAGGGUUACUUAUGGAAAUUGUGGAUUACCUGGACAUCUUAAGACCCAGGAACCCGUUUAUUAAGCAUCUGCUGUCUUGAAAAAUGCAUUUUAUGAAUGCUUUGAAUUAAGAAGGUGUAAACAGUGGUUUGUCAUUUCUGCCACAUAAGGGAUAAUCUGAAUCUUCCUUCGCAGUUGCCCAGAUGCCUAAAACUGGCAAGAACUAGUACUUGGAGUGAUCAUCCUUCAACAAGAAAUACAGAGCUACCUAUGUACUAUAUAAAUGUUAUCUCUUUGAUAACAUUUAAGAUAAUGGACAGCUUUUCUACAUCUAAUUUUCAUACACACAAUUAACACUUGGAGUCUGGAGAAGCAUUUGUUAUAUAUUGAAAGACUGAGUUUUCUCUUUUUGAGUUUUCCAGAUUUAUUAUUUCAUCUGUAUGCUUGAAAUCUCUACAGUCACAUAAACUCCAGACAUAACGAUGGAGCUAUAUGACCCAUCAAGAUAUACAAAAACUAUUGGCAAGCUUUGGAACCAGUUGUUUUUGCAUCUGUUCAACAAUUAAUAUAUUCUCUGCUAAUCAAGAAUAUGGAAGCAAAUAUAGUCAUGCACAUUGUAUUGAUAAAUUGUGACUGUUGAAUUUUUCUGUAACUGGUUACUUUUGUCAUUCAAAUGUAAGUUAUGUCCAAAUGGAUAUAAAGACUAUAUUGGUGUACCUAGCUCCUAGCCAGUGUUGAAGAUAGAAAACCUAUUAUGACUAAUCCUUGGGAAGAAAAAGUCUGCAAAAUGGCCCAAACGAGUUUAUUGCAAGGGAAGCAGUUUUACUGUAGGGAGUGGGUUUUCCACAAGCUUCAGCAUUGCCUCCAGGAGAAAACCAGCUGCUGCAGUAGUGCUGUCAACACACCGUCCCUUGUGAUGAAUUCUGGGAAUAAUGCUGGUGCUGUCUCAGGAAAGGCAGCUGCCUGGGGUGUGUUGUUGGUAGGAGGGCCUGGUAGUGGCAAGACAGCCCUGUGUACUGAACUCUUAUGGCCAAGUUCACCUACAAGCUUGCAGAGAGGUUUACAUCGCCAGGCUUUGGCCUUUCAUUUCUGCAAAGCCCAGGACUCUGAUACUUUGUGUGUUGGAGGGUUUGUUAGAGGUUUGGUUGCCCAGAUAUGCCGCAGUGGACUACUCCAAGGAUAUGAGGAUAAGCUACGAGAUCCAGCCGUUCAAAGCCUCUUACAGCCUGGAGAAUGUGAGAGGAACCCAGCAGAAGCAUUCAAAAGGUGUGUGCUGCUCCCGCUCCUGGGCAUGGAGCCCCCUCAGCAGAGCCUGUUCCUGCUGGUGGACUCUGUGGAUGAAGGGUGCAAUGUCACUGAAGGAGAACAGACUGCCACUAGCUUAUCUGGGACUGUCGCGGAACUGCUUGCUGGUCACCAUGAGUUCUUCCCACCGUGGCUCCUGCUUCUCUGUUCUGCCCGAAAACAGAGUAAGGCUGUUACUAAAAUGUUUACUGGUUUUCGAAAAAUCAGUUUGGAUGACCUUCGGAAGGCGUACAUUGUCAAGGACGUGCAGCAGUACAUUCUUCAUCGUUUAGACCAGGAGGAAGCUCUGCGGCAGCACCUCACGAAAGAAACUGCCGAGAUGUUAAACCAGCUGCACAUUAAAAGCAGUGGAUGUUUUCUUUAUCUAGAACGAGUUUUAGAUGGAGUUGUGGAAAACUUUAUUAUGUUAAGAGAGAUUCGUGACAUCCCAGGAACUCUGAAUGGUCUGUAUCUCUGGCUUUGCCAGAGACUUUUUGUAAGAAAACAGUUUGCAAAGGUUCAGCCAAUUUUGAAUGUCAUUCUUGCAGCCUGUCGACCUUUGACUGUCACAGAGUUAUAUCAUGCAGUAUGGACCAAAAAUAUGUCCUUGACCUUGGAGGACUUUCAGCGCAAGCUAGAUGUCCUCUCCAAACUUCUUGUCGAUGGACUGGGAAAUACUAAGAUCCUGUUUCACUAUAGCUUUGCUGAGUGGCUUCUGGACGUGAAGCACUGCACUCAGAAGUAUUUAUGUAAUGCAGCAGAAGGACACCGAAUGCUGGCCAUGAGCUACACCUGUCAAGCCAAGAAUUUGACUCCAUUGGAAGCACAAGAAUUCGCACUGCAUUUAAUUAAUUCAAAUUUGCAGUUGGAGACAGCUGAAUUAGCCCUGUGGAUGAUAUGGAAUGGCACGCCUGUCCGAGACUCUCUGUCCACUUCAAUACCCAAGGAACAAGAAGUGCUGCAGCUGUUGGUUAAAGCUGGUGCUCACGUCAACAGUGAGGAUGAUCGCACGUCGUGCAUAGUCCGACAAGCCUUGGAAAGAGAGGAUUCUAUCAGGACACUAUUAGAUAAUGGAGCUUCGGUGAAUCAGUGCGAUUCAAAUGGGAGAACGUUAUUGGCUAAUGCCGCCUACAGUGGCAACCUUGAUGUGGUGAAUUUGCUUGUCUCUAGGGGAGCAGACUUAGAGAUAGAAGAUGCUCAUGGACAUACAUCUCUCACCCUAGCUGCUAGACAAGGUCAUACCAAGGUGGUUAAUUGUUUGAUUGGGUGUGGAGCAAAUAUCAAUCACACUGAUCAAGAUGGUUGGACAGCAUUAAGAUCUGCGGCUUGGGGCGGCCAUACUGAGGUCGUGUCUGCACUGCUUUAUGCUGGUGUAAAAGUGGACUGUGCCGAUGCUGACAGCCGAACAGCGCUGAGAGCGGCAGCAUGGGGAGGCCAUGAGGAUAUUGUUCUCAACUUGCUACAACACGGUGCUGAGGUUAACAAGGCUGAUAAUGAAGGUAGGACUGCUUUGAUCGCAGCAGCAUACAUGGGACACAGAGAGAUUGUGGAACACCUGCUGGACCACGGAGCAGAAGUCAAUCAUGAGGACGUGGAUGGCAGAACCGCGCUCUCUGUCGCUGCACUUUGCGUGCCUGCAAGUAAAGGGCACGCAUCUGUCGUUAGCCUUUUGAUCGACCGAGGUGCUGAAGUGGAUCACUGUGACAAAGACGGCAUGACUCCACUGCUGGUAGCUGCCUAUGAAGGACAUGUGGAUGUGGUGGACUUGCUUCUGGAGGGAGGGGCUGAUGUCGAUCACACAGACAACAAUGGCCGGACACCCCUGCUGGCAGCAGCUUCCAUGGGUCAUGCUUCAGUAGUAAACACACUUCUGUUUUGGGGUGCAGCUGUGGACAGCAUUGAUAGUGAAGGCAGGACGGUCCUCAGCAUAGCUUCAGCACAAGGAAAUGUUGAGGUGGUACGCACUCUGCUGGACAGGGGGCUGGACGAGAAUCACAGAGACGAUGCCGGCUGGACCCCUUUGCACAUGGCAGCCUUUGAAGGUCACAGGUUAAUAUGUGAGGCGCUCAUUGAACAAGGUGCUAGAACAAACGAGAUCGACAACGACGGCCGGAUCCCCUUCAUCUUGGCUUCACAAGAGGGUCACUAUGACUGUGUUCAGAUAUUAUUGGAGAAUAAAUCCAACAUUGAUCAGAGAGGUUAUGAUGGAAGAAAUGCACUGCGGGUCGCUGCCUUAGAGGGACACAGGGACAUUGUCGAGUUGCUGUUCAGCCACGGCGCUGAUGUGAACUACAAAGACGCAGAUGGCAGGCCCACACUUUAUAUCCUGGCCUUAGAAAACCAACUGACGAUGGCCGAGUAUUUUUUAGAAAAUGGUGCAAACGUGGAGGCAAGCGAUGCUGAGGGCAGGACAGCGCUCCACGUUUCCUGCUGGCAGGGCCACAUGGAAAUGGUGCAGGUGCUCAUUGCUUCCCACGCCGAUGUCAAUGCUGCAGACAACGAGAAGCGCUCGGCUCUGCAGUCGGCAGCCUGGCAGGGCCACGUCAAAGUCGUGCAGCUGCUGAUCGAGCAUGGGGCCGUGGUGGACCACACCUGCAACCAGGGUGCCACUGCUCUCUGCAUCGCGGCGCAGGAGGGGCACGUCCAUGUGGUCCAGGUCUUACUAGAGCACGGUGCUGAUCCUAACCACGCCGACCAGUUUGGACGUACAGCUAUGCGUGUUGCAGCCAAAAACGGACAUUCUCAAAUCAUUAAAUUAUUAGAAAAAUAUGGUGCCUCUAGUCUGAACGGCUGUUCCCCAUCUCCUGUUCACACAAUGGAGCAGAAACCUCUCCAGUCGGUGUCUUCGAAGAUGCAGUCGCUCACUAUCAAGUCCAACAGCUCCAGCAGCACCGGCGGCGGGGAUGCGCAGCCGUCCCUGCGCGGCCUGCCCAACGGGCCGGCACACGCCUUCAGCUCGCCGUCGGAGUCUCCCGACUCCACCGUGGACCGGCAGAAGUCCUCCCUGUCCAACAAUUCCCUGAAGAGCUCAAAAAACUCCUCUCUGAGAACGACUUCCUCCACGGCGACAGCGCAGACGGUGCCGAUGGACAGCUUCCACAGCCUGUCCUUCACGGAGCAGAUCCAGCAGCACUCGCUGCCACGCAGCCGCAGCCGCCAGUCCAUCGUGUCCCCGUCCUCCACCACGCAGUCCCUGGGACAGAGCCACAAUUCCCCGAGCAGUGAGUUCGAGUGGAGUCAAGUGAAGCCCAGCCUGAAGUCCACCAAGGCAAAUAAGGGGGGGAAAUCGGAAAAUUCCAGCAAAUCCGGGUCAGCUGGGAAAAAGGCCAAGCAGAGCAAUUCUUCACAGCCAAAGGUCUUAGAGUAUGAAAUGACCCAGUUUGAUAAGAGAGGACCCGCGGCCAAGUCUGGGACGAGUGUGCCCCCUAAACAGACACCAGCGGACCCCCAGUGCAAAAGCCUGGUGCCCUCUGCCCAGCAGCAGCUCCUGCUCCACCAGCAGGGUGGGGAGCAGAAGAGGAGAAACGGGAUCCUGACAAACCCCAACUACCACCUCCAGAGCAACCAGGUGUUUCUUGGUAGGGUGCCAGUCCCACGGACAAUGCAGGACCGAGGGCACCCCGAGGUGUUGGAGGGCUAUCCCUCCUCGGAGACGGAACUCAGCCUUAAGCAAGCCCUGAAGCUUCAGAUCGAGGGUGCCGACCCCAGCUUCAACUACAAGAAGGAAACGCCGUUGUGAAAGUUCCUGCUCUGAGAGUCAGAGGCUUUGUGGUUGGAGUGGCUCUUCACCUUCCGGGAUAAGAACAUAAACCGCCAAUGGUGUGCUGAGAGAGAACGAAGAAUGUGCUAUCUGCAGUACAGUUACCUUAAUUACUGUAAUGUGCCUAAAUAGUAAGGCUGCCUUCUCAGUGUAACCCUCUGUGCUUAAGAACUUUCAUUUUGUGUGCUUUGUAUUCACUACACAGAAAAAGCACUUUUUUAAAAGAUGCAGAUGUAUACUACAGUUCCCUGAUAAAGCUGAAAACAAUUUUGAAUAAAGUAUUUUAAGUUAAGAUUUGAUAAAUGUGCAUGUGCCAUGGUCAAAUAUAUAUGAAAGGCAGUGUUUUUUGUAUUUAUUUUCUUUUUUGUGGCAAAAGAACCUUAUGCGCAGUGUUCCGGUCACAUCGCAUUGUAGUGCGUGGCCUGUUUCCUGUAUUUUUUAAAAUGUCACUCAAUAAAAUGAAUCUUGCAACUGUUUUAUGUUCACUGCCCCUUCAGCAUUGGCUAAAAUGAGUUUCUGUAUGAAUGCCACGUCUAGGUGAAAAAAAAAUUUUUUUGACAGAUUCUCAAACAGCAUAUAAUUUUUAGUAGUUUAGGGAGCUGCUCCAUGUAGUUUAAAUCUGGAUUGUCACAGUAGGAUGCUCCCUAUGUCUGGCCCAAAGUAUCCAAACGAGCAAAUAAGUCGGCAGAACAGAGUUCCAUUUCCUUCCGGGAUGUUGUUUGCCUCCCGCUUGCUGUCCUUCCACCUCCAAGACCACAGACUCAUUCCCGAGGCAUGAAAAUUCUCAGGGACAAAGCCAUGCCUCAGUCGCAUGCGUGCGCAGAGGGAGGUGCACCUGUCUCUCGUCUGAGGGUAGAAUUUUUGAUCCCUGAACAAUUCAUUGACUACCCUCAUCUCUUCUUUGAAGCAAAACAAAAUGUAAUUUAUCAGUGUGAAGGUUUAUGUGGCUUCUCUCUCAGCUUCUCUACUUUUAAAUCACUGCAUGACCACAACAGCCCCUCUCAGAAUCAAGUGGGUCCAUGCCCUGGCUCAGUUGGAUGGUGAUGAUUGUGGUGUGUUCUGUCAGUCCUUCAUGGAUGAGGCCUCUAACCUUGUCAUAGCACAUGUGUAUUUCUUAUUAUUUAACAGAACUGUUGGAUCUGCACUUUCCUAUCCAUGUGCUCUUUCCUAUGUUUUUUGGGCAGUUGCAUUCAGGAUGGCCAGGUGGCAAGAUGAGGGGAGAAGUCUGUGACUAAAGAAAAUAAAUUUGGUGCCGAUGAGCAUGUGACCCAUAGCCCUAGCCUCCUGGAGGCCCUCGACACCAGUGGGGCCAGAGUGGAGGGACUGGUCAGCAUAAUGAUUUGGCAACCACAGAUGUGGAUUGGAUCUCUGGGUGAGUCCUGUUAGUCCUACAGACCCCAGAAAUUCUGUUCUCUUGAUAAAGAGGAAUGAGGAAAGAGAAUUUGGAGACAGCACAAAACCAUUGCUACUACUGAAGAAAAAAAAUCUUUCAAACAUUUGAAUCACAGAGAUCAGUGGUGUCAUCGUAGAUGAAGGACACAUGUAAUGCUUUGUUCAUGGGAACAGAAAUGUACAACAUAUGAUGAAUGUUUCCCACUUGAAUCUGUGUGUAAGGCUUUCUUGCUUUUGCUUUUUAAAGUCAGUACGACCCAUUGGCCUGUGUCAUUCGUAAAUCAUAAUCAGAGCAAGGAGAAGAGAAGUUCAGUCGAGAUUAAGGUGACAUGGCAAUAUUGAUAACUCGAAUGUGAAUGUUUCAAGUAUCAGACUCUUGUCCCUAUGGGACAUAUAUUAAAUACACUUAAUAGGACUCUUGCAAAGUAGCCUUAAAAGUGUCAAUGAUGCUAUUAAUGCCAACAUGCUGUUAUUGGAACCGACUUUCCUCAUGUCUCAUAUAGUACAUUUGCAUCACUUUAAAGUACAAAGCUCUCAUUUCUUAUUAGGUGUAUUUUUCUUCAGAAAGAGAACCUUGAAAGCUGCCAGUUUUUCUAUUAACCUUGAAUUAUUGAAAUUGUAUUUAUUUAAUAUUAUUGUUUUUACAAAAUUGCACCUUGUGGCCAAAGGGCAAAGAGAUGGCUCAUUGUGUUAGGGAUUUUUCAAAGAGCUAAAUGUCUUCACAUCCAUCCUUUAUACAUUUGGAACAGUUGGUAGGAAGGGAGCCAGUUGGGAAAAUGUGAUUUUCCUAAGAAUUCCUCUGGAUGUUUUUUAUAUAAAUGAUGUUUUGGAAUAGAAUGAAAGGGACUCAGUGGUAUAAGAAUGAUAAGGGUGUCGGAGGCGCCCUGCUUCGCUUAUUUGUUUCUGUGGGGGAGCUCAGACCAUAAGUGAAAAAUGGCCUCUGCUCUAUUAAAAAGUAGGAACAGUCCUGCAAAUAUGAAGGUCCUAAAUAGCUAUUUUUGAAAUUAAAAAGUUUAAAUUUUGUAAAUCAGCUGUUGCUACUCCAUGACUUAGGAUGCCAUGUGCUUAAAACAUUUUUAUUGCAUUCCAUCACACCAUCCCUGAAGCCAGAGUGAUGGUACGGGAAGUGAGAAAGUACAGGAACGAAAAAUGAAAACCUAAUGUUUCUAGGAAAGGUUUGGGGAGGAAAAUUGACCAGAAAUCAGUGUCUACUACAAUGCACAGCCAGUGUCUCGUCCGCACCCCACCAGAAUCCUCACCAAAAACCACUCCUUCCACAGCAGAAGUCAAAGCCUCUCCGUGUUUUGGCUGUGCAGGUGUUCAUUCUGCUGGACGUCCUCCUUUUACACUUUCUGCAGAUGUGGUUGCAGACAAAUGCUUUCUUUUUAUUUUUCCCUUGUUUUGGGGUAUGUAAAUAGCCUAAAAUGUACAUUGAAUUUCACAUUGUAAAAGUUUUAUUUUAUUCCUUGUAUUAUAUUAUGCAAAAAUCCCUAUGUAUAUGAAAGUGCAUAAUAAAUAUAUUUGCAUUACAGAA